GCUAUGAGGGGACCCCUCACUCUGCCUUCCGCUUCAUUCGGAAGGACGGUGUCAAUGCAGACCGACCUCGCCAAAGCUACGAGUUCCGCUGCAUCCUCAUUGACCCCAACUGGACGACCUCCAACGCCAAGAUCAUGGGUCUCGCUGUUGAGCCGAGCGACGAGAAGGAGAUCGUAAACGCAGCGGCGGGUGAAAUCAUGGCCGGGAUCAUGGCCAGCCAUGAGGCCGUGAUGGAUGCCCUGGUGGACACGGAAGACUUCCAGGAACAGGUGGACAAGGCGGAGGCACUCUUCGACAGCUGA